GGAAUUUCGCGAACUCUGAAUUUCUGGACGACCUCGGACCAAGUGAAGUUCAAAGCUCCGCGCCAUUGCACCUACCACGCCACUUGGGGCCGUGCAAUCAUGAAACGGCACCCACCCUUGACCAGAAGGCUGCGGCCGGGAGUCUCAACAUCGCCAACAAUCCGGCCGGGCUUUGUCUGCUGGCAAUGCCGAGCUAUCCAAAUCAGCGCAUCCCCCACCACCGAUUCGAGGCCAGCCGCCGACGUUUUCGGAGCUUACCCUGGGUCACAGAGGGACUCGGCAGAUGCUCGCUUUGAAGUCCUAGGCUCGCCCUACUCUCUUCUCUCGGUCACCCUCUCGGCAUCGCAACGGCUGUACACAAGACGAGGGACUUUGGUAUCAGUCGCCGGCAAGGUGGAAAAUGCCCAAUCCACCCUCUCCCUCCUGUCUCCCCUCCGACGAGUGCUCCUCGGCAUCCCCUUCCUCUACCAGCGCAUCUCCUCGACAACACCCAUCACCGCCCUCAUAGCCGCCAAAUCCCCCAACACAACCUUCUCAGUCAUCCACCUCGACGGGACAACCGACUGGGUCAUCGCCCAGCGCAACGCCCUGCUCGCCUGGACGGGCCACACCCUCGCGCCGACACCUGGCGUCCAGCAAGGGCUGUCGCUCGCCCACUGGGGCAACACACACCUGUCGGGUCGCGGGCUGGUGGCGCUGGCCGCGCCGGGCCAGAUCCACGAGCUCACGCUGGGCGAUGGCGAGCAAAUUGUCCUACACCCGUCGCACGUCGUGGCGUACUCAGUCACGCGCAACCCGCCGCUGCCGUUCCGGUUCAGGAGCACCAGGUUCAACCUGCAGGUCCCCGCAAUUCCCGCGUCGAUUAGCGGCCCCGCGGCACGCAUGAUGCCGGAGCGGGUUGCGAGGUUCUGGAAUGCCAUGCGGGACACGGCGACGUACAAAGCUGUGGCGAGGUUAUUGUAUGGCCUAAGGACGGCCGCAAGGAGGACAAUAUGGGGCGAUCGGCUGUUCCUGCAGUUCAAGGGGCCCAUGACGGUGCUCAUGUCGACACGGGGCGUCAGGGUGAGGGAUGUUCUCAGCAGGGAGGACGUCAAUGAGAUUGCCGACGCUGAGGCGGGCGUCGUGCCGGCAGCCGUUGAGCUGGCGACCAAGCCCAAGGUUUCGGAGGAACCCAGGCCUGAGCAGAAGGUAGCUAUCCAUGUCGCCAGCGUUGGUCAGGGCGGGAAGGUCAGCUUUGAGGAUGCGAAGGACCUGAACGAGUUCGUCCGGUGAUGAGCGCGAAUCAUGUUUGGUAGCUUGAUGUCGCCGUGUAUUAUUUCUGUAACAUUGAACGCUUACCUGUCACCCAGGCUUGUGGGAGCCUGAUAUCGGAACAGUUGCGGAAAAUCGUCCUCGGGCAGCCCACGCCACACCUGAAGAGUACCACAUCGAUCGCCCCAGCGCACCUCACAUGUAGCCAA